CGAUACACUGACAGCAGCAUAGAAACUUAUGUGUGGAUGAAAACUUCAGUUACGUAUCUCUGCAGGCACGACUAACUCAGAUCUUUUUUGACUCUUCUGUGAGUUUUCUGAGCUUCACCUUCCAGCUUCAUCUCCGUCUUCGUCCAUCGUUUGAAGGAAUAUCGAGGCAUCAUGAGGACCACUUACAUCCUUCUGUUCUGCAUCCUGGGAGCUGCAAUGUUGUCUACAGUUACCUGCCAUCGUAACGCUACCUUAGGUCCAGACGACUGCUGCUUCACAUACUACCCAGGAAGACUGAAAAAAAACCUCAUCAACACAUACUACAUGACUGGUCACCGGUGCAUCAAGCCUGCAGUCAUUUUCAUUACAAAAAAAUCGUCUCGUCGCAUCUGCGUGGAUCCCAGUCUCUCCUGGGUCACGGACAUCAUGGCUGAUCUCGAUGUGACUUCCUUUUAAACCAGCUGC